CAACUAUAAAUGCUGUAAAAUCGAUAGAUUCGAUUGGCAAACCGGCAAACUGAAAUAUGCGGAGAAAACAAUAGAAAAAUAACAAUUGGUAAAUUAUAAAAUAGUUUGCAUUCGUAUAUAAAAAUGGCGCAAUCAAGCUCAAUGAAAUUGCUGGGCGCACGCAACAUGAGUUGCAUUGUUGAGCGCAUGGAGUGGAACAACAAAAUGGAUCUAAUUGCCUACGGCACCGAAAAGGGUGAAGUGAUCAUACAGCGCCUCAACUGGCAAAAGAUUGUCACAUUCCCCACGCCCGGUGAAGAUGUGCGAGUUCGUUCGCUUAGCUGGCAAAUGGAUGAAACCCUCUUGGCCGUUGGCUACAGUAACGGGAAGGUCGCUUUAUUGGAUGCGGAGAGUGAAACGAUUAUAUCGGGACUGAUCUAUGAGGAUGACAUCAAAAAGGUGUACUUUAGCAAAGCGAUCAAUUGUCGCGAGAGUCUCGAUAGUUAUGUAUGCAAUGACAAGGAUAAACACAAGCGUUAUUUGCCCAAAUUGCCGCCGCUUACAAAUAUUGAUCCGUGUCUAAAGACGUUGGAUCAAAAGUGUUUCCCCAAGGGAUCACCAUGUUUCCUAGUCGUCAUCAUGCGCAGCGGAAAAGUGCAUCUUCUGCUAUUGGGCGCCCUGCAGGCGGGCAGUAUGGAUCUCACCCAGCAUAUUCUUCAUCCUGAGCACUUUGAUGUGUACGAUGUGCGAUUGAAUGGGGACUUUAAUGCCAUCUAUGCGCUCCUGCGGGAUGGACAACAGCUGAAGCUGCUGCAUUUCCACAAUCAGGUGCUGCAGGACAGCAUCUCACCCAUGCUAGAGCUGGCCUCACAUUGUGCUCACAUCCUGGAGACCAAAAACUACAUCAAUGAUACACAACAAUGCCUAACGGAAGCCUGGGAGACGGUGCAACUGGAGAUGGACAAUAAGUUAACCAAAUAUGCCAAUUCACAGGCCUAUGGGAUGAUAUCAGCAAACUUUCUGGAGCUACUCGUUUUUGGUUAUGCCACUUUGGAAGUAGAGGAGUUUCUCUUCGAAACACUGACGGAGAAGGUCUUUAAGAAGAUUGCCAACUCGGUGGAUUUGAGCUUGAACAAUCUACAGGGUCUGGUUUUUAAACAGCUCAAUGGCGCCGCCAUCAAUAUGUUCUACUUUCUCAACACUAUCGCCGGAUUUGGCCGCAUGACGCACUUCUUUGACGCUCUCAUCUCGCCGGAUGUGGCCAGUGAAGCAAUGCGCGCCUGCGGCGCCUUUCUGCUCAAGGUGCAUGAACUGCAACGCACCAUUGACACGCUGGUCAAUGACAUGAAACUAUUUCACUCCUGGAUCAUCUUCACCAUCCUUCGACUGUCUAAUCAGGAGAUUCCCGAUGACAUGAUAUUUUCGGGCAAAGAGAAUGAAGCGCUUGUCGAAUUCUUUUGUGCCAUGGAACCCGAACUUCCCGAUCCCGAAUUGUGUGGCGGUGACGAUGAUACUGCCGGGGAGAAAUGCAUCGAUGAAUCCUGCUCCGAACCAAGUCCCAGCGCAAUGUUGGCAACGCGCAGCAAAUUCAAUUUGGAACGCGUUGGACAAUAUCUGGAGAAUUCGUAUUUAACGCAACAGCAGCCAUUGCAUGUCACCGAGGAUCUGUGGUCAGAGCUGCUCGAGGAGAACGAAUGCCUGGGACAGUGUCAGCUGUUUGUGCCACACGACAAGAAGCUGUCACUGCUGCAGCAACGAGACAAAAUGUUCAAUGCCAUCGAUGCUGUCUUUCACAAGCCGACAGAAAGUAUUAGUGCAAGCUUCAAGCUGACCACAGCUGUCAUCUGUGGGGAUCUGCCACAAUUUGCCUGCGAGCCAUCUGUGGAGCUGGAUCAACCAACAGAUCCGCAGUCCAGCUAUGAUUUCAUCAAUUGCAGCUAUCAUGUCAAUGAAGUGAGCAAAUGUGAUAUGCUGGCCGUGACCGUUAGUUGGCAUGAGGCAAUGGUGCUGGAGUUUAGUCGCGCCAACGAUUACUUAUUGCGUUGCACACGCGUUCAACUGUUGCCGGGUCCGUUUACGCCACAAUUGCACGAGGAUUACUAUAAUCUGCGCUUUGUGGAUCUGCAGUUCUAUAAUGAAUCUUUCAUUUCGAUGCUGGCACAGACGACGACGCCCACACCAGGCGUGCGACCGCACAGUUAUUUUGUGCAAUUCUCAUUAAGCGCCGCACGCAAUCAGUGCACCCAACAUCAGUUGGCGCCGUUGAUGAAGCUACCCGAGGCGACAGUGACACACAGCAUCCAUGAUAUACCUGAUGCGGCGACGUUUAAGGGCUUGGAUGGUGUGUGCGAAUUGCUGGCUGUGUCGGGUAGUCGCAAGGUGGCCACUGUGCUGUCGGAUCGUCGUCGCAAGAUGACUAUCUUUGAGAUGGAGAUUGAGGAAGAGGAGGACGACACGGAAAUGUCACAGGCAUCAUUCCUGGACAUCAGCAAAGACUCGGUGUUGGCAGAUAAAACUGAUGCGUGAUUAUUUUGGAUUUUUUGUUUAUAU